AUGCCAUACAAUGGAACAUGGCUAUACCACUUAUCUCUUGUCGUUUUUGCUCUUAACGUGGCGUUGUUCGUCGUGAUUCUAGCCAUCACUCUCCUACGCUACAUCCUAUACCCAGAGAUCUUCGGAGUCAUGGUCACCCAUCCGGUGCAGUCACUCUUUCUUGGAACAUUCCCCAUGGGCCUCGCUACCAUCAUAAACAUGUUUUGUUUGGUGUGUGUACCUGCAUGGGGUGAUAAAGCUGCCUAUUUCAUCUGGGCGAUCUGGAUAUUCGAUGCAGUUGUGUCUGUGGUCGUGGCCAUAGGUAUACCCUUUAUUCUGACGACUCGUCAAAACGGCCUUGAUCUUUCUUCAAUGACUGCUGCUUGGUUACUCCCAAUUGUCUCAUGUGUCGUCGCAGCAGCCUCGGGAGCCAUUGUCGCGGACGUUCUUCCUAAACCAGAACUCGCCCUGGCAACCAUCCUUGCAGGUUAUAUUUUGUGGGGAAUAGGAAUUCCAUUGGCAUUGAUGGUCAUCUGCAUAUAUCUGCAACGCUUAAUGUUCUUCAAAUUACCUCCAAAGGCAAUGCUUGUGAGCGUUUUCCUCCCACUUGGACCACUUGGUCAAGGUGGCUAUGGUAUUCAAAAACUCGGCCAAAGUGCACAGAGAAUAUUUCCGCAGACCGAAACCCUGAGUUCUUCCGCUGGGGAAGUCUUCUAUGCCGUUGGUCUCCUAUUGGGUCUUCUGUUGUGGGCAUUUGGCCUGGUCUGGCUUACAUUUGCGGUUGUGACCCUGUUGAAAUCGAGGAAAUUUCCGUUUAAUAUGGGCUGGUGGGCUUUAACUUUCCCUCUGGGUGUCUUCACUACUUGCACUUGUACAAUCGGCCAGGAUCUUACAUCGCGCUUCUUUUCGGUGCUUGGAACGAUAUUUUCAGUGAUCGUCGUGAUAUUUUGGCUACUGGUAACUUACCACACCGGCCGUGGCAUCGUCAAGGGCGACAUCUUCGUCGCCCCUUGUCUGAAGGACCUCGGGCGACCGCAGACACCACCUAGCACCUCUGUUUAA